AGCUAUCUUCUUGAUCCGCUGCAUUCUUAUCAGAGGUGGUAGGAAUUCAGGAGCUGUCUGCUCAGGUGGAGGGUGGACCAAGAGAUACCCAGAGAAACUUCCCAAAGGACUUGGCAGGUCUGACCAUGCACUGGCUGUGGAAACUCCAGCAGAUUUGCAUCCGAUGGGGGACCCAGAUGUCUAGUCGCACUGUCCACCUUCAUACCAAGCAACUGACAUCCCUGCAGUGGGGUCACCAGGAGGCCCCUGAGAAGUUUAACUUUGCUAGUGAUGUGAUAGAUCACUGGGCUGGCAUGGAAAAGGCUGGCAAGCGACCUCCAGGCCCAGCCCUCUGGUGGGUGAACGGUGAUGGGGAUGAAAUAGUGUGGAACUUCAGCCAACUGAGGGAACUCAGCCAGCAGGCAGCCAAUGUCCUUUCGGGGGCAUGCAGCCUGCAGCCUGGGGACCGUGUGGUGGUGGUGCUGCCCCGCGUGCCUGAGUGGUGGCUGGUGACCCUGGGCUGCAUGCGAGCAGGCCUUGUCUUCGUGCCUGGGACUAUCCAAAUGAAAGCAAAGGACAUCCUCUACAGGCUGCAGGUGUCUAAAGCCAGGGCCAUCGUGGCUGGGGAUGAAGUGUCCCAGACAGUGGACACUGUGGCCUCUGAGUGCCCCUCUCUGAAAAUGAAGCUACUGGUAUCUGAGAAAAGCCGGGAUGGGUGGCUUGACUUUAAGACUCUACUACGAGAAGCAUCUACCAAUCAUUGCUGUGUGGAGACUGGAAGCCAAGAAGCAGCUGCCAUCUACUUCACCAGUGGGACUAGUGGUCUUCCAAAGAUGGCGGAACACUCCCAUGCCAGCCUAGGCAUCAAGGCCAAGAUGGAUGCUGGCAUAUGGAUGGACCUGCAAGCCUCUGACAUAAUAUGGACCAUAUCAGACACAGCUUGGAUACUGAACAUCUUGACUUCAUUUCUGCAACCUUGGGUAGCAGGAGCGUGCACAUUUAUCCAUCUUUUGCCAAAGUUUGACCCAGCAGUCAUCCUAAAGGUGCUGUCCAGCUACCCAAUCAACAACAUGGUAGGAGCACCCAUCAUUUACCGGAUGUUGAUACAACAGGAUCUUUCUAGUUACAAGUUCCCACAUCUACAGAACUGCUUCAGUGGUGGAGAAUCCCUCCUUACAGACAUUUUGGAGAACUGGAGGGCCCAGACGGGACUGGACAUCCGGGAAUUCUAUGGCCAGACAGAAACGGGACUCACUUGCAGAGUUUCCAAGACCAUGAAAAUCAAACCUGGUUACCUGGGAACUGCUAUUCCUCAUUAUGAUGUGCAGGUCUUGGAUGACAAGGGCAAGAUCUUGCCUCCUGGUACACAGGGAGACUUGGGCAUCAGGGUAAAGCCCAUCAGACCUAUAGGCAUCUUCUCUGGAUAUGUGGACAAUCAUGAGAAGACAGCAGCCAACAUUCGAGGCGAUUUUUGGAUCCUUGGAGAUCGGGCAGUCAAGGAUCAAGAUGGCUAUUUCCAGUACCUGGGGCGGAGAGAUGAAAUCAUUAACUCCAGCGGGUACCGGAUUGGGCCCUCAGAGGUUGAGAAUGCACUGAUGGAGCAUCCUGCUGUUGUUGAGACGGCUGUAGUCAGCAGCCCUGACCCUGUCCGAGGAGAGGUGGUAAAGGCAUUUGUGGUCCUGGCCCCACAGUUUCUGUCCCAUGACUCCGACCAGCUCACCAAGGAGCUGCAGCAGCACGUGAAGUCAGUAACAGCCCCAUACAAGUACCCAAGGAAGAGUUGUUGCUGCCCUCCAGUUUACCCAGUGUGGAAAUUCUUGGAAAAGCCAAGUGACUUGUCCAAAGCCAGGUGGAGUUUGUCUCGGACCUGCCCAAGACUGUCACAGGGAAAAUCCAGCGGAAGAUUCUUCGAGACAAGGAGUGGAAGACAUCUAGGCAAGCUGGGCCCCAGUGAGACCUGUAUGGGCAUCCUUUUGGGUGCUGUACUUCUACUUACUUUCAUUUCCCUUUGGGCCUUCUUCCUUCCUCUGGGGAUAUGAGAUUCCUCAUGACAAUACAACAGAUUUCUCUCUUUCCCUGGUUAUUAGCAUAAAAUCUUGCCAUAUUAGAUUUUGAAAGAAGAAAGUGAGGGAAUGAAAGAGUGGAAAGGAAAGGGGAAGAGAAAGGAAAGGAAAAUUAGAGUAAGAAUGAAACAGUGAAAGCCGUUAGGAAAGAAAAGGAGGGAAGCAGGAAGGUGGGCUGGAGGGAUGAGGGAAAGAGAAUUGGAGGAAGGGAGAGAAAGAGAAGAAGGAAAGGAGGGAGGGAGGGUGGAAAUAAAAACUCAAUAAAAAUAGUAAGAGUGAUAAAGAAAAAUGAUGGAAGAUGGGAGAAGAGAGCAACUAAUGAUUAGUCCCGCAGAUAGAAAAACAGACAGUGGCAGAGUCCAGCAGAACCCUGGAUCUUAGGAAGGAAAUGAAGGGUCACAUCACUUCAUCUCACCCUGGACAAGCCUCCAUACAAACAGGCUCGUGCACAAGGAUAGAACAUUGGAGCCCUCUGCAAGUCACCCCAAACCUCAGGACAGUCAUGACCAGAGGAGGGAAAUCUCCAUUUAUUGAGCACUUGCCAUAUACCAGACACUGUCCUAGGCAUUUUAUAAAUAUUAUCAUGUUUCACCUCUGUGUGGCAUCUACAAACCUUGGAACAUAGGUGUAAGAACAGUAUAGGCACCUCAAAGAAAGUGUCCCUUCCCCAUGGCUCAUGUUUGUGGUAGUAUCUCCUCUUCCUAUAAUCAAGUAAUAAAAUUAUUUUACAAUCAAGACCAUAGGGGUUGUCUUUGGAGAAAGUAAAGUGGGGGGACAGGGAAGGAAGACAUCGAAUGAUGAACCACAGACUCCAUUCCUGGGGCCUCUGGGGGCAUCAUUUCCAACCAAGGGAUGGAGGAUGAAUCUUCCUAGCAGGUUCAAGUAAGCUGGAGAAGAAAGCAAAGAACCUCUGAGGGUCUAAGGCUCUUCUCUGUCAGAAUACUUAGUAAUAAUAGCAAUAACAGUAAUAAGAAUAUCAAGCACUUAUCAAGCUCUUGCCAAGUGUCAGGCACUAUGCCAAACAAAUACAUAUACUGAUUAAUGUUCGCAGUCACCCCUUGAUUCAGGUACUCUUACUUUCCCCAUUUUCCAGAGAAGGAAACAAAGACUUGGAGAGAUUAAGUGAUAUACCCCCAAAGCCUUGUAGCUGAUAAAUGACAGCUACAGGUUCAAACCUAGACCCAUUUGCGUACAACACCUAUGCAUCCUUUCCUCUUGCUCGCCUUCUCUUCCAGCCCCUGACAAAACACUUCUCUUGCGGUCAUCUUAAAAUACCCACUAGGCACAUGAUCUGAUGAGCACUGGAUGUUAUACUCAACUAGUGAAUCAUUGAACACUACAUCAAAAACUAGUGAUGUACUAUACUUAUACUAAUGUUGGCUAAUUGAAUGUAAUUUUAAAAAAUGAGAAAACCUACUAGAAUGUGUACAUCCUGUGAUAUACUCCUGGAAUCCAUUGGGUGACACCAGAGUUUUACAUUUGGCCUAGUAGAGAGAGACAGUCUGCUAAUCAAAUAGCUAAACUUCAUCUUUCUCAGUCUGGAUUUAUCUAUGUUUAAGGGAGCAUCAUUUAACUGACAGCUUCCAAAAAUUUAAAAUCUAGCAGAUUGUUCAUUUUGACACUUUCACUGCUAUGUUCAUCAUUUUUUAUCAUGUCCCCUUCCUCCGUGCCUAACUCGUAGGCUCAGGAAUGAUUGAUGAUGGGAACUUGGACCUUUAGGGGAAAUGUAUGACCCAUGCAAAAUAUACUGUUUGUCUCUCUUCCCUCCACUCCAUCCCCUUCUCCAGACAGCUUGUGUAAAGGAAUCAAAAUAUUUAGCCAGUCCUUUUCACAAAGAUUGGCUUCGUGUGACUACAAUGAAAUCACUGAAUAUGGUCUUUUUCAGGAUGAGCUAAAGAUAGACCACCUCAUCCUUCUUGUGCUUAUCUAGCAAAAGCCUGUAGUCCACCCCAGUAACCCUGAAAACCAAGAAGUAAGGGUUACCAAGUUCCAUUGGGUCAAGUAUGGGAUGUGUUUAACUUCCCUAGGCAAUCAUUAGCUCUGGGGGGCAUCCCCAAACUAAACAAUUUGUGUGUGUGUUGAUGGCGUAAGUUGUCCUAGGCUUGUUGCCACUAUUUGUAGAUAGAAGGAGGAGCUUAGCCUGGGAAGGUACACUCAGUAUUAUUUCAACAUCAGGUUCAAGUUCUGAAGUGACAAAGGGAGGAUUAUUUUAACACAUGCAUAAAUGGUUUGGGCUUCAUCUGGAGGGUAAUGAACUUAGGCAACAAUGCAUUUCUAAAUGAUUGUGUUGGUAGGUGAAGGGUGAAUACAUUAGAGGUGAUGUUUACUUGUUUAUGUAAUAAUCUUUAUACCCAAUGUGGGGCUUGAACUUUUCCCCCCAAGAUCGAGUGUCACAUGCUCUUCUGACUGAGCCAGCCAGGUGCCCCAAAUUUGAGAAUUCCUAGCAGAAGAAAUUCUAUUUCUUGGAACUUGGUGAUUUAGUGACUAAAUAAGUCAGGUGGGGUAAGGGAAAAGAGGCACUUAAAGACGAUGUCUAGGGUUUUGAUUAGUUACACUGGGUAGGUAAUUAUAACACUUUGUGAGAGAAACAGGUUUAAGGUGGGAAUAUUGAAUUCAGUUGUGGUCAUGUUAAUAUAGGCCAUAACAAGGCUGUUAUAUAUUUAGUGAUCAGUUGGAUAUUUAAGUUUGGAUUUGGAGAGGUCAUGAUUUUAAAUGUGGUUUAGGAAAAUAUCCAGAGAAAGAGAGAGAAUGAGAUAGAAAGUUCAUAGGGAACGAGAGGAACUAUUCACUGAGAAUAGGUCCUUGGGGGACAGACAAGGAUAUCUAAAGAGAAGAAAGAGGGAGAGGAUCCUGUGGACAACAUUGAGAGAGAAGACUCAAAAAAGGCAAAGUGUGAUAACAGAAAGAAGAGAGCAAUUAAAGAGUUCAUUGAUAUCGCCCAGAAUGGCCAAGAGUCAGAACUGGAAAGGAUUCAUUCAUCUGGAAGCAAGAAUAUUAGAAAACUUAUUUCCGGAAAACAACAACAAGCACCACCAACAAAUCAACUGUUUCAAUGAGUAAUUAAGGGGAAAAAAUUAGCUAUGGGUUAUGACAGAAAAGAUGGUAACAACUAAUGUAUUCAACUAUGUCCAAUAAACACUAAUUGGAAGGGGAAGGAACAGAAGAAAAGAUAUAUAAGCGAGGAAGCAACUUUUGGAGGAGGAAAGACUUGAACAAAUAUGGUGAACAUUGCUUUUCUCCUGUUCUAAUGGCCUGAAUUUUGUCCCCCAAAUUUCGUAUGUUGAAACCCUAACCCCCAGUACCUCAGAAUGUGACUAUACUUGGAAAUAAGGUGUUUAAAGAGGCAAUUAAGUUAAAAUGAGGUUAUUAGAAUGGGCCUUCCUCCAACCUGGCUGGCAUGCUUAAAAGAAGAGCAGAUUAGGACCCACAGAAAGACACCAGGGGUGCAUUGCACAGAUGGAUGACCAUGUGAAGAGGUGGCAAGAGGGAGUCAACCUGCCACCACCAUGAUCUUGAACUUCCAGCCUCCAGAAUUGUGAGGAAAUAAGUGUCUGUUUAGAGCACCCAGUGUGCAGUGUUUUGUUACAGCAGCCCUAGCAGUCUAAUACACCCACUCAGUGGCCUCACCACAAUCACCUCUACCCUGCCUUGUUCCUUGCUAAAGGAACCCUGAUUUUGUCCAGAGCCAGAGCUCACCCUUCCCAUUUCUCUUCCAUUAAGUCAAUUAGAAAGUCUCAGUUUGUGACUUCUAUGUCCUCUGCUCCUGUGAGGUAGAUUUUUUUUUUCCAGCAAAUACUUGCUCUCUACUCACCCCCUCCCCCAUACACACUCUCCUGCGGAGAGGAAUAUGAUUCUCCGCUCCGUGCUGUUGAGCAUGGUCUUUGGCUUAUUUUGGCCAAUAGAAUGUUAACAGAGAUGAUGCAAGCAGAAAUUUUAAAUGAUAAUAAAAAAUGUACUUACAGGUUUUGGCUUGAUUUUGGGUGCUUCUGCUGUCCACUAUGAAAAGAGCCACUAGUCUGAGAUUUAUGAGAGAGAAAUGUGUGUUAAAUAAAUGUGUGCCACUCUUUGUUAUGCAUUAUUCUCACAACCAUAAACAACUGAUCAAAUCUUAA